AGGUUCAUCUUGAUACGAGAAUAAUUGAAGACUAAGGACUCUCAUCGGUUUGCAUUUCUUUUACUUAUACUUCCAGUAAUAUGAGAACUAAAUUAAAACGAAUUUAUGUAAAUAUAUAAAAUGAAACUGGCGGCAGAAGAGAUCAAUACAAGCAAUCAUGGUCAUACGAAGUGGGGUCAUCGCCUUAACCACCUCGGCCGGAUGAUUAAGGCGGUUAGGCGUCAGUCCACUGCUCAGAGGGUCCUGGGUGGUGUCUCAAAUAUGUCGUGGGCCAAGCAGAACCCACGAUGGGCGGGUAAAAAAAGGCCUCCUUAGUAUACACGCAGGGUGGAGAGUCAAAAAUAAAGUUCCGUGUUCAACAGGAAUCAGUAGAAAAACGAUAGAAAGAAACGAUUUUUCUUUGUCUAUCAUUAUAUAAAACAAUUUCAAUAAUAAUUUUAAACAAUAAAGUUUAAUAAUAGAUAUCGAAUACCAGAUUUAUUAUCGUAAAAUGUCCUCAAUUAAUUCUGAAGUAUACAAUAUCAGCAUUUGGAGUGAGGAUGGAGAGGAGAAGGUUGACAUCAGCAGUUCUCUUCUAAAAAAUUCUACUCCUUUGAUAAAAGAUAUACUGGAAAAAAAUACCAUAGGACCGGUUAAAAAUCUGAUAUUCAAUUCGAACAUUAAAAAUCUUAUACAUUCGAAAAAAUAUUUAGAAAAUGGAGAUCCCGAAUUGUCAUCUCUUCAAGAUGCUUACGAAUUAUAUAAAAUGAGUAAGAAAUUUCGCAUGAAUUCGAUCUUAAUGAGCUCUAGAAUAUUUUUAAACGAUCGCAUAAAUUCCAACGACGUAUGUGAAAUUUAUGAAUUUGCAUGCGAACAAGAAGAUCGACGACUUCAAUAUCGAUGUUGGAUUUGGUUCGACGAUUAUUGUAACGCAGUUUUAACUUCCAAAGGUUUUCUUCGUUGCAAAACUAUAACAAUCGACACAUUUGUUUCUCGACCAAAAUAUAAAUACUUAAAAGAAGUUGAACUAUUUUAUAAUAUAGUAUUAUGGGCGGAAAAGAGAUUCGAAUACGAAGAAAACAGCAGCGAUAUAAACUACCGUAAUAUGAAAAUCCGCUGUUAUUUAUUACCCUUCUUAAAUAGGAUACGCUUCUUAUCCAUGACUUCUACAGAAUUAAACUUCGUAUUUAUGCAAAAUAUAUUAUUACCAGACGAGAAAGAAAGUAUAUCUAAAAGCAGGGACGUUCCUGAUUUACAUAUUCAUCCCAAUCUCUGUCCAAUUCGAAUAAAAAGAACAAAGCAAUGUUACAGACCUUUGAUCGAUUAUAAACACCGUCGCCAAUUCAAAACUAAAAUUAAUGCCAGACUUCGAGAAAAUUGUAAAUUCUUUUGUUGUUUCAUUGCUAAAGAAGAUUGCUUUUUAACUGGAAUUGUUAUCCCCAUUUGCCAUUUAAUGGAAGGUACAAAGAUACGAGCUAAAGUCAAAUGUAUAAUUGGAAAUUCUAUUCAAGAGGACGAUUAUUAUUGUGAAAGAAACGGUGAAGUCCAUAUUCCAUAUCCUAUGUUCAUACCAAAGAAUGUAGAAGUUUUUAUUAAGGCUGUACCAAAUUUACAAAAUAUUGGGUUUGUAGGUACCAUCAAGAUAGCACAAAAUCCGGCAAUUUAUAUCGAUGACAACUUGUUUAAUGAAUUAUGCGAAGAGAAUAUUAAUUGGUUAGAAUGGCGUGAAUAUUACAUCAAAGUUAGAUUGUAUUUUUAACACAGAAGUGUCCUUCCAACAAUUUUAAAAUGUAAAAAUGCUUCUGUUAACAUCAAAUAGUUACAAUUAAAUACAAGUUUUUUUUUUUUUUUUUGUGAUAAUUAAAGUAAUUUAAUAUAUCCUUUCCUGCUUAAAAUGUGGUGGUCAUUUUCGAAUAUAAAUGCUGAUAGUCAAACCUCUGAACAGGGGCCACUAUAUUGUUCGGAGGUUAUUCUAUAUGCAUUGUAUGGUGGCCGUUAUUGGAGAUUGGACUGUAAAAUUUGUUGUGAUGGCCAUGACUGUUAAGAAUAAUAAUUAAGAAUUUAGAGUGCAAUAAAUCAAAUGAUUAUUACAAGGCUGCCCCAUUGUGGGUCUGGCCAAACCCACAGUGAGCUUGCUAAGAGAGUCCCUCUUAGCAAGCUCGGAAAGGGUAACA